AUGGCGAACGGUGGGCGCGGCGCGAGGGCCACCAGCGGGCGGCUGAAGAUCGGCGGGCCGACGACAGAGCGCGGGCGCGUCAGACUCGCCGCAAACCGACCCUCGUCACCGCCCCAGUCUCCGCACCCCGGCACCACCAACCCUCAAUUCGCGGCCUUCCUGCACGACGCCGGCGGAGACCCCGUCGAGGGAUUCCUUGCCGUACUUGCUCAGAAUCCCCAUCUCACUCUCGACCGCGACGGGCUCCGUUCCGUCUUCAAUAGCGUCUGGCAGGCCACCGCGCCGGACCAUCCCUACGACUGGACCCUUCCUGCCCGCCUGCGCAACGACCUCUUCAAGAGCGUAUUGUACCUGGAGACUGGCCAAGAACUUGACUCCGCCUCCAUCAGCAUGGCCAUCACCCCUACCGUCGACCAAUUCCUCGCCGAGAUCGCCGCUAUCCUGCAGGCCAAGGAUGGCACGAAGCUGCAAGACUACCUGGUCUUCGAGCCAACCGGCGGCUCGUACCCACCCUUGUACACACAGAUGAUCAUCGAGAUCAGAGCGGCGUUUCCGAAGGGUACGGAUGACGCGCUGGAGGAAAAGUGCCACCACGCACUUCCCGGCUUGCAGGAGCUCGACGACGGUUCUUCUUGGUCAGCGUUCGUUCGCUUCGUCGCCCAAUACUUUGCCUUCUUGAGAGACCUCGACGUUGAGAACCUCUCAACAAAACAAUUGGAAGCAUACAACCUUCUGGCAGAAUUAGCCGCAAAAUGCAACAGCGCGUUAGCUCACCCAUCCAUGGGAAUAGUCAUUCUACCUACCGUCAUAAAUUGCGCUCGAAUGCUGGCCGCGCUCGCAAUCAUCCUCGACAAGCGUCCGGAUCUCAUAGUCAAUGUUCAACCACAAGGGGGUGACGAUGGGGGAGAAAAGCAGACGCUGGGUGAAAAAGCCGUGGAGAUUAUAAGAAACGCCUUCGUCACCUGCUUGAACGAUCGAACAGGGAACUUGUCUGGCGUCCGUGAUGGCAGGCCCGAUGGGAAGAGAGUGGGAAUCUACAAGCUUGCCAACCUCUGUCUCAAGAUUCUCUUCCAGGGCAGUAAAUCUCGCAGCGCGGAUACCAUCUUCACCAACAUCGACAACGCCUCCCCUCCUUUGGCCAUAUUCCCCUGGCCGGAGCGAGUAACCUAUCUGUAUUACCUGGGUCGCUUCCACUUUUCAAACAAUCACUUUUACCGCGCUCAGCUGGCCCUCCAGUCUGCGUACGAUCAGUGCAACCAGGAGCGCCUCAACCAGCGGCGCUUGAUUCUCAUUUAUCUAGCUGCAUCCAACAUAAUUCUUGGGCGCUUCCCCUCGCAACACCUAUACCAGCAACCGGAAGCCGUUGGACUCCGGGAAAGGUUUGGACCAAUAUGCCGAGCAAUCGUGAAGGGAGACCUUGCCAGAUUCCGGACGCUGCUGGACGUCGAGAAGGGCGAGCACGUCGAAUGGUUCCUUUUCCACCGCAUCUUGUUCCAGCUGCGCAACCGUUGCGAAGUCCUGGUUUGGCGCUCUUUGGUGCGCCGGACGUUCCUCAUCAAUGGAGAUCAGGGAGACCCAACGUCAAGGAAAGCACCCACGCUUGGUCUGCAGGAUCUCGUUGUCUUGGCGCAGUUCCUGGAGAAAAAGGCGCUAUCUCCAGAGGCAGCGACGUACCGUGGCCCGGCGCAAAGGCAUCCCAAUUGGGCGUUCUUUACGAUGGAGCCGUCGAGGAGCCAACUCUACAUGGAUCCCGACUUCGAGGGCGCGGAUGAGGUCGGGCCUGAGUUCGUGGCGCCGGAUGUGGAUGAGAUCGAGAGCAUCGUAGCCUCAUUGAUCGAUCAAGGUCUGUUGGGAGGGUUCAUCUCGCACAGGCAGCUGCGAUUUGCGAUUACUGGCGCAAAGCGAAAAGGUGCGUUGGCAGCGGGAUUCCCCAAGCCAUGGCAUGUGAUCAGGGCGAAGUUCAGCAACGAGGUUCCUGGUUGGAAGGCGGACGCACCGACAGCGCGGACGGGUGGGGCAUUCAGUGCGGGGAGGGUCAUCAAUCUGAGCGGUGCGAGACCAGUGGGUGCGGCAGGGGCAUAG